AUGGAAAACCAAACCACAAACUUCAUUGAUUUGGCAUCAACAACAGAAUUUGACUACGGCGACUCAGCGCCAUGCUCAGGGACAGAGGAAAAGCACUUUGCAGCACAACUCCUGCCACCCCUCUAUUCUUUGGUGGUGAUAUUUGGCCUCACAGGCAACCUGCUCGUUGUCCUCAUCCUGGUAAAAUACAAGAGGCUGAAGAGCAUGACAGACAUCUACCUGCUCAAUCUGGCAAUUUCUGAUUUGCUGUUUGUAUUUUCUCUCCCCUUUUGGGCUUAUUACGCUGCUCACGACUGGAUUUUUGGGGAUGCUCUGUGCAAAAUGCUCUCGGGUGUCUACCUGCUUGGCUUCUACAGCGGCAUCUUCUUCAUCAUCCUGCUGACCCUGGACAGGUACCUGGCCAUCGUGCACGCAGUGUUUGCUCUGAAAGCCAGGACAGUCACCUACGGCCUCCUCACCAGCACUGUCACCUGGGCUGUGGCUCUUUUUGCCUCUGUUCCUGGGAUCAUAUUCCACAGAACUCAGAAGGAGAAUUCACGUUACACUUGCAGUGUCCACUAUCCGAGCGAUACCACAAUAAAUUGGAAGAACUUUCUUAUUUUAAAGAUGAACAUCCUGGGACUUAUUGUUCCAAUGAUCAUCAUGAUUUUCAGUUACUCACAAAUUCUGAAAACGUUACUGAGAUGCAAGAAUGAGAAGAAACAGAAGGCAGUCAGACUUAUUUUCAUGAUCAUGAUUUUUUACUUCAUCUUCUGGACGCCGUUCCAUAUUUCUUCUUUUUUGCACACUUUCCAAAAUUCACUUUUCCACACAAAUUGUGACAUCAAAGGUCAAUUGGAGAAAGCAAUCCAAGUGACAGAAACAGUAUCCAUGAUCCACUGUUGCAUCAAUCCAGUGAUCUAUGCAUUUGUUGGAGAAAAAUUUAGGAAAUAUCUUUAUGCCUUUUUCCGAAAGCACGUUGCAGCCCACCUCUGCAAAAAGUGUCCAAAUCUUUACCAUGAAAAAUUAGAAAGAGUUAAUUCCGCAUUCACACCAUCCACUGCAGAGCACGACAUCUCUACAGGACUGUAA